AUGGGUUAUACAUUAGUUUUAGAAUUGUACUUCUUAUUGAUCUAUAUUUUGGGAAAAAGGGAGAGGAAGGUCGCAGUUCCUCUUUUCGGUGUUUGGGCCAUAGAUCACAAAAAAUCCACUGGGAUGCUUGUUUUUGGUAUAAUUGGAAUUGUCUAUGGGUUAUACAUUAGCUUUAGAAUUGUACUUCUUAUUAAUCUAUAUUUUGGGAAAAAAGGAGAGGAAGCCAUAAUCAGUGCGUACUUUGGAGUUUUACAACAUAAAUCAAAGAUAUCUCUGUCAGCAGCUAUCACAUAUACCGUAGUUUUUACUAUCGCAGUAAUUCAUCUUACUCUUUCACUGGUGGUUAGCGUAUUAUCCAUCAAAUAUUACCACCACUGUAAGCCAGAGCUUCCCUCAGAGCGGUUAAUCUUGCGAGCAUCGAACGAGGAAGUUGAUGAAGCUGCGAAAGAUCCUGUCCAUCUAUAA